AUGUAUAUAAAUAGUAUAUUAGAUGUUAUAGAUAAUAGUGGUAUAUUAAAAUUUAAAUAUAUUAAUUCUUUAAAUAAAUAUAUGAAUUUAAAAUAUGGAGAUAUACUUAUAGGUGUAGUUUAUAAAUUGUAUAGUAAUAAUUUAUAUAAAAAAUCUGAUAAAUGUAAAGGUAUUUUGGUUCAAUGGAAAAAUUUUUUAAAUUUAAAAUUAUAUUAUUCAAUUAAAUUUAAUAAAAAUGCAGUUAUAAUUUUAAAUAAUAAUUUAAAUUCUGUAGGUACUAAAAGUAAUAAUUAUGUAUUAAAAUAUAUUAAAUAUAGAACGGAUAUAAAUUUAAAAAAAUUAAAAUUAAAAUAUAUUUAA